UAUUUUUGUAAGUCUUCUUUGUUUUUUUCUUUCUUCAAGGAAACAUGAUUAAAGAAGAAUACAGAUCCAAUUAUUUAAGGGAAGUCUCUCCUAUAAGACCUAACAAGUUUCAUUAUAAAAACAAGAGAAAAUUAAACACUGUUACUGCUGAGAUCUGCCAUAGCUAAAUCAGCUCAACCCAUGGAUCCUUGUAAUAAUCCUAAGAAAACAAGGCACCAGAUCAGUCAUAUACCUCACGUUGGAGAUGAAACGAAGAAGGAGAAGAAGCUUCUCCACCGCAACAUCGAGCGACAAAGAAGACAAGAAAUGGCCAUCCUUUUCGCCUCUCUUCGUAGUCAUCUACCUCUGAAGUACAUCAAGGGAAAGAGAGCGAUGUCAGAUCAUGUGAACGGAGCAGUAGCUUUCAUCAAGGACACGCAAACAAGGAUACAAGAACUCUCGGCAAGAAGAGAUGAGCUAAAGAGAGAGAUUAGUGACCAUACUAGUCAAACUAGAUCCGGAUCUGGGUCAAGUAGAUCGGAACCAGCUAGUGUCAUGGUGCAACCAUGCGUGAGUGGAUUCGAGGUAGUGGUGAGCAGCUCAGCAUCAGGUCUCCCGCUCUCAAGGGUUCUUGAAGUUCUUCACGAGCAAGGACUUGAAGUCAUUAGCUCUUUAACCGCACGAGUCAAUGAAAGGCUUAUGUACACUAUUCAAGUCGAGGUAAAUAGCUUUGGUUGCUGCGACUUAGCUUGGUUGCAGCAGAAGCUAAUUGAGGAAUUAGUACUUCCCACGACCAGGCACUAACAUUUGUCAGAAGAGUCUGCUCACUGAAUGAUGUUUAUUUUUGUCCUAAUCUCUUUAUUCUAGUGUCCCUAAGCUAAGGCUGUGUUCUUUUUGGUCCUUCUGAUCUAGCUAGUUGGAGUGAAUAUUUUUGUGUAAUGAUGAUCUGUUUGGUUAGAUUGACUAUAGCAAAUUCUUAACUUUGGUUCAUGCUUCUUUAUAUA